AUGGCUUCUCUUUCUCCCUCAGAGAGAGAUGAGAAGCUGGGGCGGUUAUGCUCAUGUGGGAACAAUAUUUCUGCAAGAGAUACUCACCCCUGCUGCAAUGAGUGCCUCGGGCUGCAACACGCCCAAGACGCACUAGCCCCCACGGGUUCUUGCAUCCACUGCGCCCGCCUGCCCAUGAAAAGUCUCCGUCGUCGACUAGCACGCCAUGCUAGUUUGACCGAUCGAGACCCCAUGAUGGCGGCGCCUCCAGCUCCCGAGGGUCAACCUCAGGUGUCUGCAGCCAGUACCAGUGCAAACUGGGCCGAGCACAUGGAUGAAGUAUCUCCGUUGCUCGACGAGCUCGGCUGCAUGCGCGAGGAGCGGGAUGAACUCCUCGACGCGGAGCUGGAUUCACUGGACGGUUCGGACAACAUCCUCCCCUACGAGGACGAUGACGAUCCGUUCCUUCCACCGACGGAGGCAGCAAUGCCUCAAGCCCCUCGCGAGUGUAGCUCAGGCGCGGAAGGCGAGGUCGGUGGUUCCCCAGCUGCUGGUGCGAGCCUGCACGACGUAUGCAAGCGCGCCGCAGGAAAACUGGGCAUUCCAUGGCCCAGCGCUCUGCCCGAGAAGGCCGGUUCUCGGUAUGAAGGCAAGCGCUUACCCAGGGUGAAAAGUAUGGAGAGACAGGUUCUUCCGCUAUUCCCCGAGUGCCUGGAAGAAAUGACCCGCACCUGGCCGAAACCUUUCUCAUCGAAAAACCCGGUCCUGGGCGGUGCUACGCUGGACUGCGCAGAAAUGGAGGCGAAUGGACUGUCCAAUCUGCCGCAGGUGGAGCCGCUGGUCGCUCACCACCUCCAUCCUGGCCAGAAAGCCUUCAUGACCACAUCCGCGCCUAGCUUCCCGUCAAAGGCGGACGGAUUCCAGUCCUCCAUGACCGACAAGGCAUACAGAUCCGUUGCCCUCGGUGUGCGAGCUCUGAACGCAUCGUCUAUGCUGAUGGCGUAUCAGGCUGAGCUUCAGGAGGAGAUGGCCGGAACCACGGAGCACAAGCUCUGGGACGAGAUGUGCGUGGUGACCGACUUAUGCCUUCGCCUACAUCGCUGUGCUGUCCAGGCUUCAGGAAGGGCGAUGAGUAUCAUGGUCACGCAGGAGAGAGCGCGCUGGCUCAACUUGUCUAGCCUCUCACACCGCGAAAAAGUCCAGCUUCUGGAUGUUGCUGUGGAUCCAAAGGGCUUGUUCGGCCCCGCUAUGGCUGCUAUGCAACGCCGCUGUGAGGAAAAGAAGCGGGAGGGAUUCCAAAGCGACCCACCCCACCACAGCCCAGACCACCAGCAAAACCCAAAGCUGAGAGUGGAGGAGCAUGGGGUAACAAGCCAGCUGCACCAGUGGACCAGCACGGAAGCCGACAAGCGCCGCCUCGCGCCCGCCUGGGCAAGAGGGCCUCGCAGGCAACCUAACUCGCUGCCGGGGGAGGGAAAGCGUGUUUGCCAGACACACGCCCCUCUCCCACUGGGGGACCAGUCCCUAGAGCCUGCAGUUGCGGCUCACAGUUCAGAAGUGUGGGACUUUGUUCAGUUCAGAAAACCCCUGUCCACUGUCAAAAACACACUGUGUUCAACAACAAUAAAAUUGUACCCCAUUGUGCAACCAGGCCACGGGCCGAGGGCACUUCAAAACAAAAAUGCCCUAUUGUUGAAAAACAUAAGGAACACUGUGCACUUAGCGGCGCAGGGCCACAUAAGCUCUGUACCAGAGCCGGCCGCGCGCGCAUGCGCAGCUGCCAGAGCGAGGCAGUGCUGCCCUCCACUAGUGGCGCUGCAGCCAGCUGUAACACAGCGAAUAGCGCGCUGGCGCGCGUGUAUCGCGUCGCAAUGGGUGCUCAGAACUGUGGAGAAAGGGUACAGGCUCCAAUUUUCACACACCCCCCCUCGAUUCUCAGACAUAAUAUGGUCACAGGCGAGGGGAAAUGCUGCCAGUUUUCUAGAAGCAGAGAUAGCCUCUCUUUUAGAGAAAGGAGCGAUUCAAGUAGUACCUCCAACGCAGAGCCGGAGCGGCUUCUACUCGAGGUAUUUUAUAGUUCCCAAAAAGGGAGGGGGCAUGAGACCUAUACUGGACCUGAGAGCGUUAAACAAACACCUCAGACAGUACAAAUUCCGGAUGCUGACUCACUCAGCACUGCUAAAGUUUGUACGCCCAGACGAUUGGUUCACCACCAUCGAUCUAAAAGAUGCAUACUUUCACAUUCCCAUUUACCCUCCCCACAGAAAGUUUCUCAGAUUCGCCUUUCAGGGGAGGACAUACGAGUAUAUGGUACUCCCGUUCGGCCUCUCUCUGAGCCCGCGCGUUUUUGUCAAAUGCACAGAAGCAGCGAUAGGGCCGCUCAGGGCGAAUGGAAUUCGUCUGGCAACGUAUUUGGACGACUGGCUUUUGGCUGCAAAGUCAAAGGAAGAAGCCGUGACACACACCGAAUACUUAAUGAGACACCUCUCAUGGCUGGGGUUUCAAAUCAACUUGGCCAAAAGUGUGCUGAACCCCAGCCAGUCAGUAACUUUCAUCGGACUGUCCCUAGACUCAGUGGCGAUGAGAGCUCGGCUUUCCCCAGACAGAGUAGAGGCAUUUCAGGCAUGCCUCGCCCAGUUUCGAAGGGGAAAUUAUGUGGAGCUGAGGAUGUGCUACAGACUUUUGGGUCUGAUGGCGUCAGCAUUGGCUGCUAUUCCCCUAGGGAGGCUACAUAUGAGGGGGUUUCAGCGCUGGGUGGCGAAACUCGGUCUGGACCCGCGAAUGUACGCACGCAGGAAAAUUAUUGUGUCAGCUCAGCGUGCGCGGACACUGCGACUGUGGAAGCAUCCGCGCUUCCUGUCACAGGGCGCACCGUUAGGCACGAUCAGUGCCAGAAAAGUAAUCACUACCGAUGCGUCUCUAUGGGGAUGGGGUGCCACCCACGAAGGGAGGUCGGUAAAUGGACAGUGGAGUCCGAGCUUACGCUUGGCUCAUGUAAAUGUUCUGGAGCUCAGGGCAGUAUGCCUGGCUCUACGUCAUUUUCUUCCGUAUGUGGAAAACUCUCAUGUGUUGGUCCGUACGGACAACACGACUGUGGUGGCUUACAUCAACAAGCAGGGGGGCUUACGCUCCCUACAACUUCACAGGCUAGCACACAGACUGAUUAUCUGGAGCAAUGCCAACCUCCUCUCACUCAGAGCAACGCAUGUGCCGGGAGUGUCAAAUCGAGGGGCGGACCUACUCUCCAGGGGCCACCCUCGCUAUGGGGAGUGGAAACUUCACCCAGACGUGGUGAAUAUGGUCUGGAAGCGGUACGGUCUCCCAGCAGUGGAUCUGUUCGCAUCCAGGGAGAACGCACAGUGCCACCAGUUUUUCUCACUGAAGGACAGGGAUGCUCCGCUGGGAGUGGACGCGCUGGCACACGAGUGGCCGCGUGCCCUCCUUUACGCAUUCCCUCCACUAGCUCUGAUAUCCCCUACUCUAAUCAGAGUGAGAGAGGCGGGUCUAUCAGUUAUUCUGAUAGCACCGAAUUGGCCACAAAAGACUUGGUUAGCAGAGAUAACGCAGAUGCUUUACGCUCAACCAUGGCCCCUCCCACUGCGCAGGGAUCUGCUCUCGCAGGCGCGGGGAGAAAUCUUUCACCCUCACCCAGAGCGCCUAGCUCUCUGGGCUUGGCCCGUGAAGGGUUAAAUUUGACGUCAUGUGGGCUGCCUCAGAAUGUAGUAGCUACCAUCCAAAGUGCUAGGGCACCGUCCACACGCACUUUGUAUCAUGCUAAGUGGCGUG